AAUUGUCGUUACUUUAGUCGUCUCUCAAACAAAAACAUGUCUAUCUUUCCAAUCAGCAUUUUUCUCUUGUGUCUGGCCGUAGACAGCAUUUCCGGCCAUGGAAGGCUAAUGGACCCUCCAAAUCGUAGCUCUUUGUGGCGGUUCAAUCCCGACGCACCCAUAAACUACGAUGACGAUCAAAACUACUGCGGAGGAAUGACUACCCAAUGGGAUGACUUUGGCGGCAAAUGUGGAGUUUGUGGUGACCAGUACGACGAUCCUCAUCCCCAAGACAACGAAAAUACUGGUAAAUACGGAAAAGGUAUCAUCGCCAAAGAAUACACUUCUGGUAGCGUAAUUGAUGUAGAUAUAGUAUUCACAACCAAUCACAUGGGAUUCUUCAACUUCAGUUUGUGUGUAUUGGCAGACCCCAAUGCUCCAGAGUCAGGCGAAGAUUGUUUCGUCCCUGUAACUUUUGGAGAUGGAUCGGCGAAUUACAUUCUGCCCAAUAAGGAAGAGACAGAUGAUGAUGAAGUUAAAACUACAGUCAAAUUGCCUGAUGGUCUGACAUGCGAGAGAUGUGUACUGAGAUGGACUUAUACAGCAGGUAACAACUGGGGCCAGUGUGAUGAUGGGACCUAUGACGAAGGAUGUGGUCCACAAGAAACCUUCCGUUCUUGUUCUGAUAUAACCAUUAAUUAAUGUACACAUAUAUAGAUGUAAAUAAACUGUUGUUAAUAGCACAUAAGGCGAGUUUGUAAAUAAAAAUCUGUUUAUAGAAAGUA